AGCUUCUCUCUCAGCGGCUCCGGUGUGAGUGCGGGCCACGCCGGGCGUGUCUCCGCUCCGCCGAUGGGGGAUUCCGGUUUUUCCGGUCGGCUCGUUCUGGUUUAAACUGACUACUGGGCAUCAGUGUGAGCAUCAGCAUCCGCAGCAGCAGCAGCAGCAGCAAGAUGGCCUCCAACACCGCCACCCUGGGGAACCUCCCGAGCGGCUGUGGAAUAUGUACGACCAUUCCCGACAUCCUCUACGUGCCAGAACUGAUCUUCGGCGGUCUGGUGUGGAUCCUGGUGGCGUGCACGCUGGUGGUGCCGCAGAACCCUCAGGGCUGGGUCAUGUUCGUCUCCGUCUUCUGCUUCGUCAUGACCUUCAUCUGGUUGGUGGUGUUCGCCUGCGGGGGGCACCAAAACAAGAGCAGUUGGGCGGCAGCUGACUUCAUCUACCACGGCGUCGCCGCCUUCUUCUACCUCAGUGCUUCAGUGGCUCUGGCUAAAGUGACCCUGGACAUGAAAGACGGGAGCGUCUUUAAGAACUACCAGCUGGACAUCUCUGCUGUGGUCUUCUCAUACAUGGCGACUGUGCUCUACGUCAUCCACACCAUCUUCUCUGCCAUCCGAUGGAAAUCCUUCUAGAGGAUUGUCUUUGUGAGGAAACAUCGGCUGGUGCCGACAUAACAUCAGGCCUGUGGAGCUCUGGUCUCUGGUCUUCUCUCUGCUGGAUGAGUACAGUCUGGACGAGGACAGUUUAGAGGGAGGACAUUCUCAGCGGCUGUGAAGACAUGAACACCAGCUGACCCUCCUGCCCUGAUGGUUCGUGUCACUGAGCUGCUGCAGGUCCUCUGCUGUCUCCUACAGACGCUUACAAACAGUUUCUACUGACAUGGACGAGAAAGAUCGGACAGAAGCUUGUGAAGGUGUGAAUUAUACUGUUGUUUAAAGCAGGGUCUCUCAAACCUGGUCCCGGGGACCCUCUGUCCUAAUCGUCAGCUCAAAAGGGAGCACAGCAGAAGCCUGAUAAUGACCCAAUUAUUUGAAUCAGGUCUGUUGGAGCAGGGAAACCCUGAGAAACCCUGAGGAACUCUGUGGAACCCCGAGGAACCCUGAGGAACUCUGAGGAACCCCGUGGAACCCUGUGGAACCCUGAGGAACCCUGCUUUAAACAACUACAGAUGUAGCUAAAAACCUGUGGAAAUGUUUUGUUUAAUCAAAGUAAGGGUGUAUUUUUCUUUCUUUGCUCACCUAUCAGUUGGUAUCUCCAGUUUUAAGUCUCAUUAUUUUGAUCCCCGUUUUGUAGAUAUUUGAAGCUGAUGGAGAAUUUUUGUCCUAAUCCGGCCCCAACUUUUUCCACAAAAUUUUUAAAAAUGGACCAGGUUGCAAACAAAAUCUGACCAAUUAUCACCCUUUAAUCUUUAGGGAAAUCUGGAUGUGAAGUCAUGAGAGAAACACUCGUGCUUCCCAAAAAGUUCCUAUUUGGGGGACAACCUUUUAAAGAUUUUGUCAAAUAUCGUGACCAAAAUCAUACAAUAAACCGUGACGAGCAGAUUUGAGUUAUUUACAGCCAUUUCUGCUACAACUUAUAUCAUUUUGAAUUGGUAAAUUAAUGAUUUAAUAAAAAAGGCACUUGAUCCUCAAAUCUAACACCGUUCAGACACUAAACUACAACUUUAACUAGAAAUAUAAUCUGAUAUCAACCCAAAAACCAAUAUUUAUUUAAGCCUUACACAGGGUUCCUGUUAUUUUGUUCACCCGCUCAAGUUCUGUAGGAUCUUUGCUCGUUGCCUCCUCGGCUCUGUUUGUCCUUUAGUUUGUUUUUCUUGUUUUAAUCUCAGCCAAUUCAUUUAAAAAAAGAGGCUCCUGAUGUGUCUAAUUUUGUAUUUUUAUAACUUUGUCAAAUAUAUUAUGAAGAAAUUUGAUGCAGACCGUGACAGCUUUGUGUUUUUUAGGCUUAAAGUUUUUAAUCUAUUGAAUUAAUUGGAAAAACAAAAAAGAAUAAAUGUGUUUGUUUUCAAAUG